AUGGUUCUCACCCAUCGAUGGAGCCCAGCAUCCCAGUAUGACAGACCUAUGGCUUACACCCGUUGCUUCAAUCGAUUCUUCACCACAAAGAUGUUGGGCUCCAUCAUCGACCACUGGGCCGAGGUACUUGAAAAUAAUCGUCCUGAUAGCCCGUUCACUACUCAGAGACUCGCCGAUGCAACAGUUGCUUCCGACGACACUGUUGGAACAGACCCAAAUGUGCCACCCUUCAAGUAUUUCAUCCUAUCGAUCGGGUUUGAGCUGAAGAAAGUGCUCCCUGCAGAGGACGUUCAAUGGCUUUUCCUGAGAGCACGAUCAAGAAGAUACAAAAAGGACGUCUGGAUGCAGAAAUAG